GUUUCCUACUAAAAAACUUUGAUCAAUCAAUGAAAAUACCCAAAAUUAGUUAAUUGCUUCAUAAUAAUGCGGCAGGGGCGAGAUCCAGAAGUACAGGCAUGAAGGCAGAUCGUCUUCGCCAUCACAAGAAAUACUCCUCACUCGCCGCAAUGCUCUCUCUCUUAUUACUCGUCUCCCUCUGCACUCUGACUCCCUUCUCCAUUUCCUUCCUGCCCCACCAGCACUACUACUCAGCCGUGACGCGGCGGCAGGCGCCGCUGGUCAGAGAUCAUCUUGAAGAAGCGCUGCAAAGGGUUUCCAUAAAGCGCAGCAAGACGCUGAUCAUAACGAUAAUCAACCGCGCAUACGUCGAGCCGGUCAACGGCGAGAGCCGGUCAAUGCUGGAUCUUUUUCUUGAGGGUUUCUGGGAGGGGGAGGGCACGAGGCCGCUGCUGAACCGGCUGCUGGUUGUUGCCCUCGACCGGACCGCUUAUCAGCGCUGCGUUUUCCGACGGUUGCAUUGCUACUGGCUGAGGACCGCCGGCGGCGGAGGCGACGACUACUCCUCCGAGAAGCUUUACUUGUCCGAAGGUUUUGUGAGGAUGAUGUGGAGGAGAACUCUGUUCCUCACAGAUGUUCUUGAACGAGGCUACAACUUCAUCUUCACCGACACCGAUGUAAUGUGGCUAAGGAAUCCUUUCAUACGUUUGAGUACCAACAUGUCAUAUGACAUGCAAAUAAGUACAGACGCUUUUAACGGUGACCCAUGGUCAGAACACAACCCGAUCAACACCGGCUUCUACUACGUACAGUCCAACAAGAAAACCAUAAGGAUGUUCAAGACUUGGUACAAGUUGAGAGAAAGGUACCCUCGCGGCAGCAAAGUGAAAGAGCAAGACGUUCUGGCGCGGAUGAGUCGAAAAGGCUUGCUCGCGGAGAUGGGGCUUGUGGUUCGUUGCUUAGAUGUCCUCUACUUUAGCGGCUUCUGCAGCGACAGUAAUGAUGUAUCUGUGGUGUCCACCGUCCAUGCAAAUUGUUGCAAGACCAUUAGGGCCAAAGUGGAUGAUUUAAGAAAUGUUUUGAGGGACUGGAAGACUUACCGUAACAUGUCAACUUCUAUCAAUUUUAAGUGGACAGAGCACGUUGCAUGUAAAAAUUCUUGGAAAACCUCGUGUAACACCACAAAAACAAUGCAUUGCAUGUAAAGGAUCGGACUUUA